AUGGCCCAAUCCAACGACCUACAGGUCCUCCCCCCGAGCGCCGGCUAUAGCAUCGUGGCAGUGCCCGUCGGGCUUAUUCUGCUCUGGGGACGGAUGUCGACAGUAGCUGCGGUCAUGGCACCGUGGCUCGGUUUCGCCUGUGGCAUUGCUGUUUGGUUCGUUACUGCAAUGAAACGGUCUGGGGCGAUUAACGUCGAGACGACGGCGGAUGGGACGAAUGCCGUUGCGGGGAAACUUGCUUCCUUUGGCGUUGGUAUCGUCUCUGCUGUGGUUCUGAGCUACCUUUUUCCGAAGAGGUAUCCGUGUAUGGAUGCCCAGGUUGCGCCGGGAAUAGAGGGAGUGACUCCGACGCCUCAGGAGGACGCAGGACAACCAGCACUGGCAAAGAAUGAGAGUGUCGAGUUCGUCCAUGACAAGCAGAUCGGGCCUAUGAAUCCAAUUCUGGUCCGUAAGGCAGAACGCCUGGCGCCGGGAGCGAGUAUCGCCUUUAUUCUCAUCGCCGUGAUUCUCGUGCCGUUCACUCUCUUCGGAACCAGCUACGUGUACAGCAAGCCGUUCUUCACCGGCUGGGUAAUCGUGUCGCUGAUCUGA